UCCUUUUUAAUUUUCACACAAGAAAACUGAUUUUUUUUUCCUACGCCUUUUAAGACGUUUUGGGUAGCCUAAUGUUGCUGUGCUGUGGAAAUGCUGAAGUCCAGAUGAGUCGCGUCUCUGUGGUUUAGUUGAGUGUGUGGGCAGAGGAGAUUGUCCUCCGAUCUGGAUUGAACUGAGCGGAACUGAAUCCAUUAAACACGAUCACACAGAGAGGAUGACCAUAUCGACAUGGGAGGAUAAAGUCACAACGCCUCUUUGACUUGUUUUAAUUAGUUAAAAAAAACUGCGAGGAAAAAAAUCUGGACAUAUUUUUUCUACGUUGAAAGUCACAAUAACCGUAUGAAUACAAUCAAACGCGUCAUUCGAAGUUGAAAAAUCGUAAACAAUGGGAAAUUAGCCUCGUCUGACAACUUUGAUAAUAUUUCUUAUCCACCAAAAGGUUUUUUUUUUCUUUCAGAAACAUUAACUUUGGAUUUCCACAAUGGCAAUAAACACAGAUACGGAGUUUGCGAAAUCGAAUCUGGGGGAGAGCGGCGGAACGCAACCAGCCGAGACCGAGAAACUCCUCGUGACCACCGAGCCCACCGGGGUGAAGACCUCCAGCUCCUUCACGGUCAGUGUCGGGAGUGACAAGGCUCUCGACGGGGACCAGAACGGCCACAGUCUGCCGCUGAGAUCCGGAUCAGCGGGGCAGCUCGGGUCGGCUCCUCUCUCCCCGUCCAGAGUGAGCCUGAGCCGCACUUCAUCGACCGGUAAUGCCGCCCAAGAGCAGCAGAAACCCAAAGACUACCUCAUACUGGUCAUUUUGUCCUGCUUUUGUCCCGUGUGGCCACUAAGCAUCGUUGCAUUGGUCUAUUCAAUUAUGUCCAGAAACAGUCUACAGCAGGGGGACAUGGAUGGGGCAAGACGCCUGGGACGCUUGGCUCGCCUGCUUAGCAUUGUGGCCAUCAUCGUGGGCCUCCUUAGCAUCAUAAUCUAUGUGGUGGUUGCAGUAACUGGAUAGAGGGCAUAGUAAGGACGAGAAACCCAUCUACAACACUACUGCAAACAAAAUAAAAACCUCACCCAUGAUGUAAUUAAAAUAAGAUCUCUCUCUUAACAAUAAUGCCACAGAAGUUAAGAUAAAAAGAAACGAGGACUGUAGCAAUUAAAUAAGAUAGCUAAAAUGCAUGCAGUAGGUUAGCAUGCUCAGUGAAAAAAAAUCCCAUAUGUUAAAAAGAACGGUGAUGGCCUGAGGAUGACACAAAGGACAAGGGGACUUUUUUUUCAAAGAUGGGUGUUUGAAAACACGGCUACGCCCGGCAAGCUGCAUUUUAACCUUAUAUUACUCCUGGUUGAUCUUGCAUUUGAAAAUUAUGCACAGAAAUAUUUGCAACAUAACUACUGAUGUAUGUUUUAUAAAAAGAUUUAUAAGUGGAGUUUAAGAGGCGGGAAUGAACUAGGGAUGACAAGACUGUAAGAAAUGGUAAUUGGGGUUGGAGAUUUCAUUUUUAUUGAUUUUGUAUGUUUUGAUUAUUAAAAAAUGACCAAAAUGACCACAUGCAUGCCUGAUCCUGUAUGUGAAUAACUGUCAGCAUUUUUCAUUACUAUGUUUUUUAUCUGUAAGAGUAGAGGGUAUUUAAAGAU